CGAGGGCUGGUCGUCUUGUUGCACGCUGCUUCCUCACCUUGUCUGCAAAGGAGGCCAGCGCUUGCUGCAGUUCCGUAUUUUAGUUUGGUGGUGUUGACAAUCAGCUCAUCACCAGGCCAAUUUCUAGAACAAAGCAGCUGUACGCGUGAAGUUGUGCUGUCGGUUUGAAAUCAUUUUGUGCGUUCUAACUCAGCCCUUUGAAAAUCUCGCAGUGUCGAACUGUGAAACCAGAAUCGGUCCUUACCCGACCACCUUCUCUGAAGUUUGGCGAUUGAAGAGACGUUCAGAUUUGCCGGAAUGGAUUCCCAGCGCUUAAAGGUGGCCUCGCUUUUCUUAAUAGCGAUGGUGGCAUCACCGAUUGCUCAAGCAGCACCAGCAUUUGUGGCUGCUCCUGAGUUUGAAAUCACAGACGAGGAACAAGUGGUACUCCAACGGCAAGAACGACAAGCCGGUUCUGGUGGUGGAUCUGGGUAUUCCAGCUACGUUGUGAGCGACGAUGAGGACUAUCCAAUAGAAAUGACGCCAACACGUGUCUACAACCCUAGGCCUGGACGUGUUUACAUCCCAGACAUACACAGUUUCCACGUGGAGGCCUCCAUCACGGCUCGUUUCGCCAACACGCUCAUCAACAGCAAAUUGGUCAAUGACAAGGAGUUCCCGCAAGAGGCAACCUUCGCCGUCACUCUGCCCUCAGAGGCUUUCAUCAGCAAAUUUGUCAUGGUGAUUGACGAUGUCGCUUACGAAGCCGAGGUGAAAGAGAAGGAAACGGCGCAGAGAGAAUACAAUGCGGCGAAGGAACGAGGCCAGACAGCCGGACAGGUCAAACAACAUGAGACCAGACCCAACACGUUCAGAGUCUCCGUUAACGUUGCAUCUUACUCGGCCGUGGUGUUCAACCUCACCUACCAGGAACUCUUGCAGCGUCGACACAGUAUCAUCGAAUACCGGCUUAACAUCAAUCCUGGACAGGUGGUGAGAAGCCUGAACGUUGACGUUCACAUCACGGAACCGCAGGGCCUGCAGGAGAUGGACGCCAUGUGGCUGUCCACAUUCAAUGACGUCAUCUCACCGCUACAGGAUGUGGUCUACUUGGACAAGAUGUCCCAGAAUCGAGCCCAUAUCAAGUUCCACCCUUCGAAGGACCAGCAAAAGAUGGAGCGUGCUAAUGGAAUCAUUGGCAACCUGUUGGUCCAGUACGAUAUCUUGCAUGAUCUGAGCGCCGGGAACCUGCAGGUGAUGAAUGGAUACUUUGUGCAUUACUUCUCCCCGGAGGGGCUGACGCCGGCCCCCAAAAAUGUCGUCUUCGUCAUCGACGUCAGCGGCUCGAUGUGGGGCACCAAGAUGGAACAAACGAAGGAAGCGAUGAGAACAAUCCUGGCCGACAUCCGAGAGGGAGAUAGACUUAACAUUGUGACUUUCGAGACUUCUGUUGAUGUGUGGCGGCAUGAGGGGAUGGUUGACAGAACGGACGAAACCGUACAGCAGGCCCUGCAGUUUGUUGAGUGGCUGGGCGCGGGCGGCGGUACUGACCUGCACGGUGGUCUGAUGAGGGCCGUGGAUCUGCUCUAUACAUCCGCCUCAGGGGAUAGGCAAGACCAGCGAGAGGCAUACUCCAUGAUGAUAAUGCUGACAGACGCAGAUCUCACCUCAGAGACCAAAGACAAGAUUCGUGAUGACGUAAAGGAGGCAAUCGCCGGCCAGUUCUCUCUCUUCUGUUUGGGCUUUGGCCAUGAUUUAGACCUCGACUUUCUGGACAACCUGGCCUCGGAGAACCAGGGCGUGGCCCGCAAGAUUUACGCCGACGGCAGCGCCUCCCUGCAGCUCAAGGGCUUUUACGACGAGGUGGCCACCCCGCUGCUCUUCAACAUCAACAUCGAGUACAGCCACGUGAACUCCACCACGCAGACUAACUUCCUCAGCUACUUCGAGGGGACGGAGAUCAUUGUGGCCGGCCAGCUGUCCAAUGAACUCACGUUACAGGAGAGCGGACUCACGGAGUUGAUGGCUACGGUGUCAGCCAAUGCCAUGGACACCUUUAUCCAGCUAGAGACCAUGGUCGAUAUACAGGCUCCUGCUUCAGCCGUGCUUAACCGCCACGCUGUGGACGAUUUUUGUCAGCGUUUGUGGGCCUACCUGACUAUCAAGUCGCUCCUCAAAGCCAGGAAGAUCUCGCGAGAUCGCCAGGAAAAGGAGGACUUAAAAGCUAGAGCUUUGGACCUGUCCCUGAGGUAUCACUUCGUCACUCCGCUGACGUCUCUCCUGGUUGUGCGUCCGGAAGAGAUCGACCAGGUCCCCUCUCCACUGGAAGGCGAAGCUGGUGACACUCUUACCUCUUCUAGUCAGUCCGUCAGUAGACCACAGUCCUUACCUUCAAACCAACACGCAGGAGCUAGCGCUAGUAAUCAAGGCCAUUCUCCUGGAAGCAGCGGUGGGCAUGGAGGUGGUGGCGGAGGAUAUGCGGAUAGUGACCCUCAUUUCGUGGUGCAUGUCCCGACGAGUGACGUCACCGUAUGUUUCGACAUCUUGGGCCAAGCUGGCGAAGUGUUCAAUCUCCUGACGGAUGCACAAUUGGGUAUUCAGGUGAUGGGCUUUAUAGUGGCAGCACCCAAACCUGUCCCGGGCACCGACCGCAUCCGCACGUACUUCGGCCGCAUCGGGAUACGUCUCGGACGGCACACCGUCAAACUCUCCACGAGCGACGUCACCUUGGAUGGAAACAUGGUGCUGUCCUGGAAAAAUUCCGUCACGGUUGAAAGAGGUGACUGGUCAUUGGCUGUCCACAACAAAGAAGCCGUGCUUACCAGGAAUGACGGGGCUAUAAGCCUAGCCAUCAUGCUACACCGUAUGAACCCAGACAUUGCGUUCAAAGUGGACCAUUUGGGCUUCUACAUUUUCAACCACGAAGGCUUUAGUGGGGAGGUCCAUGGACUGAUAGGGCAAUUCCAGCGUAGGCAGAUCCAGGUCAAGCCGCAGAGCGAGCCGAAGGACGGCGUGGUGGCGGAGCUCACUGUCAUGGACCGACGGGUGGAUGUGGUCCAGCGAUCCCGGCUGAACAAUCUGGUGGGCCGUAAGCAGCCUUGCUGGUACGUGAAAGAUAAUGCCCACGGUCUCAUCGACGGUCCACACACCGAUUACUUGCUGCCUCCAGAGAUGAUGCCGUAAGACAAGAUCAGCGUUUUUUCAUACUGAAUGCUGUAACUGCUGUUUUCGAGGAAAGCUCAAAAUCUGAACUUUUAUAAUGGUCUUUUGUACUAGCGGCUUCUAAUAUCCUUGUAUGCCUAAUGAUAGUAAGAUUUAGGACUUCGUGCGUUAGUUUGACAAACGUAACAGUACCGUAAGUUUAAUUAUUAGUCAAAGGACCAAAACACCAAAUCGACGUUAGUGUAUCCUUUAUAUACUCAAACAUUUAGCAUUCCAUUCACUUUAUGUCGUUGAGUUUUCUUUGUUUAUAAUGGCGUGACGUCUCUGGCGAAGUUUGAGCAAAAGAAUUUGGCAGAGUUUUAGCUCCGGAAUACUUUCGGUUGUUUCCCAUUCUGCUUUCUCUAUUAUUUGUUGCACUUCCAUUUAAGCUAUUUCCAUAAACCUGAAUUCUUGCCAAGCCUGUUUUUCUCUCUUUACCAAUCGUUGUUACAGAAUUCCCUGACACAUUUUGAUCCCUAUAUAAUAUAAUAUAAAUGCUACAGUAUCCAAAAUAAUCAUGCAUAAUAUGCGCUUUUGAUAAUAAAUACGAUAUUAAUUUACCUCACACAAUUAACUCCAAGCAGCGUUCAGGGCUACACAUUGUGAAAAACCAAACGAAUAAUGCCCGUUUUUGUAUAACUGUCACUGUGAACAUGUUUGCUUAUCUACAUGUGAUUAAAGGUGCCCACGAUAAAAAUAUGGAAACACACAAAAUAACUUGGAAUGUGGAUUCUGUUCUGACGGUAUACUUUGAAAUGCAUGGCGUUGCCGUACAUGAAGUGUGCAAAUUUGAAUUAACAAAAUGCACCAAAACGCCCAAAUCAGCUCUAGUUAAUUAAUUAAUAAACAGUUUUUCAAUUGAUAAACCGACAGCUUAAUAAUAAAUGUAUCAAACCAAACGAAUUAAACCGA